GGGCGGGGAGGCCAGCGGCGCAGGAACUCGGGGGCCGAGUGUGAGUGGCGGGCGGGAGGCGGAGCCGGAGCUGGAGCCGAGGCCGAGCCGAGGGAGUGACCGGCGGCGGAGGACGCGCUCGGACCGGGAGCCCCGCGCUGCCCGCGAUUCACCCCUGAGGAACCUAGAAAGAUUGUGCCAUGAAUGGUGAUACUCAGGCUGCAGUGGUGACCUCACCACCCCCGACCACAGCCCCUCACAAGGAGAGAUACUUCGAUAGAGUAGAUGAGAAUAAUCCAGAAUACCUGCGAGAGAGGAACAUGGCACCAGACCUUCGCCAGGAUUUCAAUAUGAUGGAGCAGAAAAAAAGGGUGUCCAUGAUUCUGCAAAGUCCUGCUUUCUGUGAAGAAUUGGAGUCAAUGAUACAGGAACAGUUUAAGAAGGGGAAGAAUCCCACAGGCCUGUUGGCAUUGCAGCAGAUUGCAGAUUUUAUGACUGCGAAUGUUCCGAAUGUCUACCCCGCAGCUCCACAAGGAGGGAUGGCUGCCUUAAACAUGAGUCUUGGUAUGGUGACUCCUGUGAAUGACCUUAGAGGAUCUGAUUCAAUUGCAUAUGACAAAGGGGAGAAGUUACUGCGAUGUAAAUUGGCAGCCUUUUACCGAUUAGCAGAUCUCUUUGGAUGGUCUCAGCUUAUUUAUAAUCACAUCACAACUCGAGUGAACUCCGAGCAGGAGCACUUCCUCAUUGUACCUUUUGGACUUCUUUAUAGUGAAGUGACUGCAUCCAGUUUGGUUAAAAUCAAUCUGCAAGGAGAUGUUGUAGAUCGUGGAAGCACUAAUCUAGGAGUGAACCAAGCUGGCUUCACAUUGCAUUCUGCGAUUUAUGCUGCGCGACCAGACGUUAGGUGCAUUGUUCACAUCCACACGCCAGCGGGCGCAGCGGUCUCUGCAAUGAAGUGUGGCCUCUUGCCCAUCUCACCGGAGGCGCUUUCCCUGGGAGAACUGGCUUAUCAUGACUAUCAUGGGAUUCUGGUUGAUGAGGAGGAAAAAGUUUUGAUUCAGAAAAAUUUGGGACCUAAAAGCAAGGUUCUUAUUCUCCGAAAUCAUGGACUCGUAUCAGUUGGUGAGACCGUCGAAGAAGCUUUCUAUUACAUCCAUAACCUCGUGGUUGCGUGUGAGAUCCAGGUUCGCACUCUGGCCAGCGCUGGAGGGCCAGACAACUUAGUCCUGCUGGAUCCCAGCAAGUACAAAGCCAAGGCCCGUGUCCCGGAGUCUCCGGCAGGGGAGGGGACCGGAUCGCCUCCCAAAUGGCAGAUUGGGGAACAGGAGUUUGAAGCCCUCAUGAGGAUGCUGGAUAAUCUGGGUUACAGAACUGGCUACCCUUAUCGAUACCCUGCCCUGAGGGAGAAAUCGAAAAAGUACAGCGAUGUGGAGGUUCCUGCUAGCGUCACCGGUUACUCUUUUGCUAGUGACGGUGACUCGAGCACUUGCUCCCCUCUCAGACACAGUUUUCAGAAGCAGCAGCGAGAGAAGACAAGGUGGCUGAGCUCUGGCCGGGGCGGCGAUGCCUCUGAGGAAGGGCAGGAUGGAAGCAGUCCCAAGGCGAAGACUAAGGUGUGGACGGACAUUGCACACGAUCACGUGAAACCCUUGCUGCAGUCUCUCUCGUCCGGUGUCUGCGUGCCAAGCUGUAUUACCAACUGCUUGUGGACUAAAGAGGAUGGGCCCAGGACUUCCACCUCUGCUGUACCUAACCUGUUUGUCCCGUUGAACACGAACCCGAAAGAGGUCCAGGAGAUGAGGAACAAGAUCCGAGAGCAGAACUUACAGGACAUUAAGACGGCUGGCCCCCAGUCCCAGGUUUUGUGUGGUGUAGUGAUGGACAGGAGCCUUGUCCAGGAUGCACCCCUCUCUGACUGUACGGAAACUAUCGAAGGGCUCGAGCUCACAGAGCAGACCUUUAGUCCCGCUAAGUCUCUCUCUUUUAGAAAGGGGGAGCUGGUGACGGCCUCCAAGGCCAUCAUUGAGAAGGAGUACCAGCCCCACGUCGUCGUGAGCACCACGGGCCCCAACCCCUUCAACACACUCACCGACCGAGAGCUCGAGGAGUACCGCAGGGAGGUGGAGCGGAAGCAGAGGGGCCCAGAAGAACAUCUGGAUGAGACCAGAGAAGAGAAAGAAAAGAGCGCCCCUGACCAGCCUGUGGCCCCCCACACGCCCCCCAGCACUCCCGUCAAACUUGAGGAAGACCCGCGGCAGGAGGCGGCCACCGGAGCCGACAGCGACGCGGCCACCUGCGAGCCGACCCUCCCCGACCUCUCCCCCGACGAGCCUUCAGAAGCGCUCGGCUUUGCAACCUCAGAGAAGGAGGAAGAAGAGGGGCUGCGUGAAGCUGGUGGGCCUCCGAGCCCCGUGCUGCCCCCCAUCAUGGCCGACCCUGAGCCCCCCUCAGCCCCGGUGGCCGAAGAGGCCAGCUCCCCAGCUGCCGAGGAGGGGGCGCCCGCGGACCCCAGCAGUGACGGGUCUCCGGGCAAGUCCCCUUCCAAGAAGAAGAAGAAGUUCCGCACCCCUUCCUUUCUGAAGAAGAGCAAGAAAAAGAGCGACUCCUGAAGGCCCACCACCCACGCGUCCUGUCUGAAGCUGGCCCCUGCUACCACCAGUGUCCCAGUCGUGUCUCCUGUCCCGUCGUCUUGUGUAACAGAAUGCAGAAAGCCAGUCCUGCCCUGUAGCUCACACUCCCCGGCACAGACUCCUGCUCCCCACCGCCCGCAGCCCCCCACAGCUGUCUGCAGCAGCGCCGCCCCAGCGACUCUGAGCCAGGGCCCACCCUCCCGAGCCCUGUCUCGCUCAUUCUCCUCCCUUCUGUGCAGUCACAUGCGUCUGGGCUCUGCUGGGCUGGUGGGUGACCAAGUCCAACUCCCGGCUUCCGGCUGGUUCCUUAGGCUCACAGGAUCUAAGUCACUCACGUAAGGGAAGUCUCGGGCCCGGGCUGAGUGGGCCAAGAGCUGCCUCGUGCCGGCUGUGGCUGCAAGCUAGGGGCCCAGCGCCCCUCAUGCACUGGGGUCCAGAUUUGUGUCGGAGGGAGGGACAUUGGAGGCAGAAGAGUCCUUCAUAGAAUUUUCUUUUAGCAGGUUUGCAAUUCGACCUGUUUUUGUAAAUGUGAACGGGCUGCCUUUGUUUGCUUUUGUUCUAGAACCUGCUGCGAACGGCAGCAGGAGCACGGCUUACCCUUCCUGGGUGUCUCUGAACCGAGGGGGGCACUGUGCUCUCCCCUCACUCAGCCCCAGACCGGGUGUCGGGAGGAGGGCACCCACCAGCUCGCACCAGUCACUUAGCACCGAGGACGUUGCCCUCCUCGACCCGCACCUGCCAGAGGUCGGUUGAGCAGGCCCUGGCAGUGCAGCCUGAGGCCGUUUGGGGGGCUGCCUCGGGGCCAUGAGCCACCUCUGACCCCCAAACAGGACCUGUGGCGUCUGCAGGCACUGACCCUGCGCUGCCCGAGCUGCCCCCCGGCCGCUGCUCUCCUCCGGCUGUGUUCUGUCCCGAGGCGGCUUCCAGUCCCCGGCCCCGAGCUCCCCGUCAUCCCACCACGCAGUGACUUUCUCCUUUCACUCUGUAGUUUAAUUCUUUGUAUGUAUCACAACAUGAAAUAUAGUUGCAUAUAUGGACACAAACUUUGGAGGACAUGUCCUGUACUUCCUUUCUUCCUUGUAACAUUGUUUUAUUCACAAAUAAAAUUCUUUAAGCAGUUUCCUUA